AAGGGUUCCGCACCUCCCGCCGCCCCGCCCGGUGCCCUCCCGCCGCUGCCGGCACCCCUGCUGUUAAGGCUGGAGGUGCUCGAGCGCCUGCUGCCGAGGACGCCCCCGCCCCCGCCCCCCGCGAUGGAGGCCGAGAUGCUGCAGGCGCCCCUCCUGGGGCUCGGGGAGGAGGACGAGGCCGACCUCACCGACUGGAACCUGCCCUUGGCCUUCAUGAAAAAGCGGCACUGUGAGAAGAUCGAAGGCUCCAAGUCCUUAGCCCAGAGCUGGAGGAUGAAGGAUCGGAUGAAGACGGUCAGUGUUGCCUUAGUUUUGUGCCUGAAUGUCGGCGUGGACCCUCCAGAUGUGGUGAAGACCACCCCCUGUGCACGUUUGGAGUGCUGGAUCGAUCCUCUGUCGAUGGGGCCUCAGAAAGCUCUGGAAACCAUCGGUGCGAAUUUGCAGAAGCAGUACGAGAACUGGCAGCCAAGGGCCCGGUACAAGCAGAGCCUUGACCCCACUGUGGACGAAGUGAAGAAGCUUUGUACAUCCUUACGCCGAAAUGCCAAGGAGGAGCGGGUUCUCUUCCACUACAACGGCCACGGGGUGCCCAGGCCAACCGUGAACGGGGAGAUCUGGGUCUUCAACAAGAACUACACUCAGUACAUCCCUCUGUCUAUAUAUGACCUGCAGACGUGGAUGGGCAGCCCAUCAAUCUUCGUCUACGACUGCUCCAAUGCCGGCUUGAUCGUCAAGUCCUUCAAACAGUUCGCCCUGCAGAGGGAGCAGGAGCUUGAGGUCGCUGCCAUUAACCCAAACCACCCACUCGCGCAGAUGCCCCUGCCUCCGUCCAUGAAGAACUGCAUUCAGCUGGCGGCCUGUGAGGCCAACGAGCUCCUGCCCAUGAUCCCCGACCUCCCGGCCGACCUGUUCACGUCGUGCCUCACCACCCCCAUCAAAAUUGCCCUGCGCUGGAUUCCUGGCCGGCUGAACGACCGCAGGACCCCCCUGGGAGAACUGAACUGGAUCUUCACAGCAAUCACAGACACCAUCGCGUGGAAUGUGCUCCCUCGGGAUCUCUUCCAAAAGCUCUUCAGACAGGACCUGUUGGUGGCUAGUCUGUUUCGAAAUUUUCUCCUGGCGGAAAGGAUCAUGAGGUCUUACAACUGCACCCCCGUCAGCAGCCCACGCCUGCCUCCCACUUACAUGCACGCGAUGUGGCAAGCCUGGGACCUUGCCGUCGACAUUUGCCUCUCUCAGCUGCCCACCAUCAUCGAGGAAGGCACUGCAUUUCGGCACAGUCCGUUCUUUGCCGAGCAGCUGACCGCGUUCCAGGUGUGGCUCACGAUGGGCGUGGAGAACAGGAACCCACCCGAGCAACUUCCCAUUGUCCUGCAGGUGCUGCUGAGCCAGGUGCACAGGCUGAGAGCCCUGGAUUUGCUGGGACGAUUCUUGGACCUGGGCCCCUGGGCCGUGAGCUUGGCCUUGUCUGUGGGCAUCUUCCCCUACGUGCUGAAACUGCUCCAGAGCUCAGCCAGAGAGCUGCGGCCCCUUCUGGUUUUCAUCUGGGCCAAGAUCCUCGCUGUGGACAGUUCAUGCCAAGCUGACCUGGUGAAGGACAACGGUCACAAAUACUUCCUGUCCGUCUUGGCCGACCCUUACAUGCCAGCCGAGCACCGGACCAUGACGGCUUUCAUCCUCGCUGUGAUCGUCAACAGCUACAACACGGGGCAGGAGGCCUGCCUCCAGGGAAACCUGAUCGCCAUCUGCCUGGAGCAACUCAACGACCCGCACCCGCUCCUGCGCCAGUGGGUGGCCAUCUGUCUGGGCCGCAUCUGGCAGAACUUUGACUCGGCCAGGUGGUGUGGCGUGAGGGACAGCGCGCACGAGAAGCUCUGCAGCCUCCUCUCUGACCCCAUCCCUGAGGUGCGCUGCGCGGCGGUCUUCGCCCUUGGUACCUUUGUGGGCAACUCCGCAGAGAGGACCGACCACUCGACCACCAUCGACCACAACGUGGCCAUGAUGCUGGCCCAGCUGAUCAACGACGGGAGCCCCGUGGUCCGCAAGGAACUGGUGGUGGCUCUGAGUCAUCUUGUCGUUCAGUACGAAAGCAAUUUCUGCACCGUGGCCUUGCAGUUCAUGGAGGAGGAGAAGAACUACCCCUUGCCUUCUCCAGCGGCCACAGAGGGCGGGAGCCUGACCCCAGUGCGGGACAGCCCGUGCACCCCCAGACUCCGCUCCGUGAGUUCCUAUGGAAACAUUCGUGCCGUCACCACUGCCCGAAGCUUGAACAAGUCUUUGCAGAAUCUGAGCUUGACGGAAGAAUCUGGCAGCUCCGUGGCAUUCUCCCCCGGGAACCUCAGCACCAGCAGCAGCGCCAGCAGCACCCUGGGCAGCCCCGAGAACGAGGAGUACAUCCUGUCCUUCGAGACCAUCGACAAGAUGCGUCGCGUCAGCUCCUACUCGGCCCUCAACUCCCUCAUCGGAGUCUCCUUUAACAGUGUUUACACGCAGAUUUGGAGAGUCUUACUGCAUCUGGCUGCGGAUCCCUAUCCAGACGUUUCCGACUUGGCCAUGAAGGUGCUCAACAGCAUUGCUUACAAGGCCACAGUGAAUGCCCGGCCCCAGCGCAUCCUCACCACGUCCUCACUCACCCAGUCGGCGCCCGCCAGCCCCACCAACAAGGGCAUCCACAUCCACCAGGCGGGGGGCUCCCCGCCAACAUCCAGCGCCAGCAGCUCCAGCCUGACCAACGAUGUGGCCAAGCAGCCAGUCAGCCGAGACCUGCCCGCGGGCCGUCCUGGUGCCCCUGGCCCCGCUGGGGUGCAGUACACGCCCCACUCUCAGCAGUUCCCCCGCACGCGGAAGAUGUUUGACAAGGGCCCAGACCAGACCACCGACGAUGCAGAUGAUGCCGCUGGACACAGAAGCUUUGUCUCGGCCACAACACAGACUGGCUUCUGUGACUGGAGCGCCCGGUACUUCGCCCAGCCUGUCAUGAAGAUCCCAGAAGAACACGACCUGGAGAGUCAGAUCCGCAAGGAACGAGAGUGGCGAUUUCUCCGCAACACACGCGUCCGACAGCAGGCGCGCCAGCUCAUCCAGAAGGGUAUCGCAAAACUGGACGACCAGAUAUUUCUGAACAGGAACCCCGGCGUCCCCUCCGUGGUCAAGUUCCACCCCUUUACACCAUGUGUGGCCGUGGCUGAUAAAGACAGCAUCUGUUUCUGGGACUGGGAGAAGGGGGAGAAGCUGGAUUACUUCCACAACGGGAACCCCCGGUACACCAGGGUCACCGCCAUGGAGUACCUCAACGGCCAGGACUGCUCGCUGCUGCUCACGGCCACGGAUGAUGGCGCCAUCCGGGUCUGGAAGAACUUCGCAGAUUUGGAGAAGAACCCAGAGAUGGUGACGGCUUGGCAGGGACUCUCGGACAUGCUGCCGACAACCAGAGGAGCUGGGAUGGUGGUGGACUGGGAGCAGGAGACCGGCCUCCUCAUGAGCUCGGGGGACGUGCGGAUCGUCCGGAUCUGGGACACGGACCGUGAGAUGAAGGUGCAGGACAUCCCCACAGGCGCCGACAGCUGCGUGACCAGCCUGUCCUGUGACUCCCACCGCUCCCUCAUCGUGGCCGGCCUCGGCGAUGGCUCCAUCCGUGUCUACGACCGAAGGAUGGCGCUCAGUGAAUGCCGCGUCAUGACGUACCGGGAGCACACGGCCUGGGUGGUGAAGGCCUACCUCCAGAAGCACCCCGAGGGCCACAUCAUGAGCGUGAGUGUCAACGGGGACGUGCGUUUCUUCGACCCUCGGAUGCCAGAGUCUGUGAACGUCCUUCAGAUCGUGAAGGGGCUCACGGCCCUCGACAUCCACCCCCAGGCAAACCUGAUCGCCUGCGGCUCCAUGAAUCAGUUCACGGCCAUCUACAGCGGGAACGGGGAGCUCAUCAACCACAUCAAGUACUACGACGGGUUCAUGGGCCAGCGCGUCGGGGCCAUCAGCUGCCUGGCCUUCCACCCGCACUGGCCUCACCUGGCCGUGGGCAGCAACGACUACUACAUCUCCGUGUACUCCGUGGAGAAGCGUGCCAGAUAGCAGGCGCCCCCCCACCCCCCCACCAGGCCUCCGUGUACAUACUGGAUCCACCGCACCACCCUGAACACUGGUCCUGACCUGCUGCCAGGGGCUCCCGGAGGCCCCUCGCUGUCUGUCUGUCCGUCCGUCUGUGGUCACUGUCAUGCCCAGGAGCCCAGGGAAGGGGCCUCUGGUGGAGUCCUGCUGUGUGACAGCCCAAGGACCGUCGCAGACAUCCCAGCACCCUUCCCGUCCUGUUUUGCUUCUGAGAUUUUUAAAGGGGGAAACGCACUGGUUCUGUUUUGCGAGGACCCAGCAUUGACUCCAGGAAAGCUCCGAGACGGAAGCCGGCUCCCCGGGGCUCAGCCACCCCGGCGGAUGGGGGAGCUCUGGGGCUCAUCGCGGGUCUCUGGGCCGGGCAUCCCCCUGGCUGCAAGCCACACGCUCCGGGGGGGCAUUUCCAAGCAGGCUGGGAGGGGGCAUAUUCAAGAGAGCCGUACAUGUGGAAGGAGAGAGCCCGAGCCUCCCGCCAACCCCCAGUCCUCGCCCACUGGGGGCCUUCACGGCCAGACGGUGUGAGGCUGGGCACCGCUCCUCCGCCACGCAGCCCACCCCCUGGCACGGGCCCCUCUCACCACAGACCCGCUAGCAGGAGGGGCCUGUGGCUUUGGACAGGUGAGGCAGGUCCUUGGUGAUCCGGCCACCACUGGGCCACGGGGCCUGUUUGUCUCUAGUGCUGCCCCUGGGCAGGUGCAGUGACAGCCACCUGGGCCUGUGGCCUCCCACACGGGUGUACACGUGUGCGCAGGGCCCACGGUCUCCACACCCGAGCCCGCACAUGCGUGUCCACGUGUGGCCCCGUGGCCUCCCUGCCGGCACGUGCAUCACACACGUGAUGCCCCCCAGCAGGGGGCGGCUGGGGACCCAGGGGCGUCUGUGGUAAACAGUGGCCCGUGUUUGCCGCCACUCGCUGGUGCAGCAGAAGUGUGUAUCUUGCAAUGAGUAACGCAGAAGUCUCGUGGUGGUCGCUUCAGGGUGUGCCCGGGCGUCUGCACGUCUGCACACAUGGGUGUGCGCGUGUCCUCACAGCCCGUGCAGACCUCAGGGCCAUGGGGACCGUUUCCCCACGAAGGACAGCCGCGGUGUGCUGACCGAUGACAGCGCUUGUAAAACAAAACCCCAAUGAUGAGAUUCUGAAAAGCAUUUUUCCAUUUUCCUUGGGAAUCACGGUUACCGUGGAAGAGUGAGCUGGCUUAACCACCCCGCCGCCAGCGGCCUCGCCGGAAGGAGGGCCCCUGCCCGGGACGACCCCCUGCAGCGGGCCCGGGGCGGGCGGGGCGCGGGCCGGUCUAACCGGGGCCCACGCGAAAAUCCAAUCAUGGAGUUAACCGGGGCUCCACAGAGCACGCCCUGAAGGUUCGUUUAUCUCUAUUUAUUUUACCAAAUGAGAAUUGCGGAGUGAAAGCGCGAGCGAUCGGCAACUGUUCAUGACAAUAAACAAGUGCAGAGGUGA